AUGUCCACCACAAACACAUAUGAUAGCGAAAAGGCCCCUGCCAGCACCGCUGUAUCCACCCACAGCGACGAGCGCACCCUUGGACAUGCAGAACCGCCAUCAGAACAACAGCAACCACAGGCCCAACAGUCACCUGAACUCGAUCCCGACCUGGUAGAUUGGGAUGGACCUGACGACCCAGAGAACCCUCAAAACUGGACCAAGGCGAAGAAAUGGCGUUUGAUUGCCAUCCUUGGCUUGGUGACCCUGGUGACGCCUCUCGGUUCCUCCUUCUUCGCGCCCGGGGUGCCGCAAGUCAUGGCUGAUUUCCACGAAUCUUCAAACAUCAUCGCCAGUCUGGUCGUGUCCAUCUACAUCUUCGGAUUCGCCAUUGGCCCCCUCAUCAUCGCCCCCAUGUCCGAGCUGUAUGGCAGGUUCUGGAUCUACAAUGCCUGCAAUGUCCUUUUCGUCAUCUUCAGCGUCUGUUGCGGAGUCAGUAACAGCAUGGGCAUGCUCAUCGCGUUUCGAUUACUAGCUGGCGCGGCCGGCGCCGCUCCAUUAACCAUCGGAGGCGGAACCGUCGCAGACAUCUUCCCUCCCGCCGAACGUGCAGGCGCCAUGGCUAUCUGGUCAGUCGGUCCGCUCCUCGGACCUGUCCUGGGACCCGUUGCCGGCGGAUUCCUGGUCGAAGCCGAAGGAUGGCGAUGGGUGUACUGGGUCCUCGUCAUUGCUGCCGGACUCUUCACCAUCCUCUUCUACUUUGUCGGCAGUGAAACGUACCACCCGACUAUCCUCGCCGCCAAAGCUGCACGCCUCCGCAAAGAGACGGGGAACCAAAACUUACGUUCUAAACUCGCCCUUGACAUCCCCCCGCGCGCAAUCUUCACCCGCAGCAUUGUGCGCCCCAUGAAAAUGCUCUUCCUCUCCCCUAUCGUUCUCCUCACCUCUACUUAUGUUGCCAUCUACUACGGCAUCAUGUACCAGUUCUUUACAACCCUCACCUUUGUUUUCGAAGGCCAGUACCACUUCUCUUCUGGCAUGGUCGGGCUUUCGUAUCUCGGCCUCGGUGGCGGUCUCCUCGUCGGCAUGGGUUUCCUGGGCGUCAUGUCCGACAAAAUCGUAAAGAGGCAACAAGCAGUCGGAGACAUGAAACCAGAACACCGUCUCGACCUCCUCCUCUCGGUGCCCGGUGCUAUUCUCCUCCCCGCGGGCGUCUUCAUCUACGGCUGGACUACCCAAUACCAGAUCCACUGGAUCGUGCCUAUCCUCGCUACCGCGUUUGUGGGAUACGGAAACUUGACCGCGCUCAUGACUAUUCAGACGUACCUCAUCGACGCCUUCACGAUCCACGCCGCGUCAGCUGUGGCGGCGAAUACAGUCCUAAGAUCAAUCUUCGGGGCUUUCUUGCCAUUGUCCGGUUUAGCUCUCUUCGAUAAACUGGGACUGGGCUGGGGGAACUCACUGCUUGCGUUCAUCGCGUUGGCGCUUUUGCCUGUCCCCGUUGCUUUUCGGUUUUACGGCGAGAGGAUACGGACGAAUCCGAGGUUUACUACGAAGUUCUAGUCCUCCCUCCUUCUCUUUCCCUUUCUCUUGCGAGAUAUUGCCCCAUUCAGGCUUUUUUGUGUUUCUAUCUGGCAUUCUACAUAUUUUCGAAGCGUUCUCGCAUGCAUUCAUUCCACAUCAACCUCCUUCCUGUCUUUCUUGUUUGAAGUCGAGGCUAGAAAUCUUUUUUUUCUCUGUACACACGGGUUCUAGGCAAAAGGAUCAGGUGUCCCUAUCAAAGGGCCGAGGGAAAAAGAAAAAUACAUAACAUUUAAUAGAUUGUAAAAAAAAAGAUAACAAUAGAUAGAUGAUACCCACGGAAGGCCAAAUUCAACCUAAUCACAUCCGACCAUCAUACCUUUUCCUUCUCUGCAUGCAAACCCACAAAUAUCCGUUGCAUGUACGUGCCAGUGAUCUUUAAAUGCUCUUAAAAGUCCUCUUUCCUCUUCUGCCCACAUAUCAACAUGUAUGCUUUAGCAUCGUGAUGUGCCUCCUGACCACGCCCCUUACUACAUCUCCCCCGCUCCUUUCUUUUUUCUUUUGCUUCUUCUUUUUUCUUCUUCUUCUUUCUGAGUCAUACAUGUAAACGAGCCCUCAGUCACCCGAGAAAAAAAAAACCCCCCUCCCCCGGAGACUUGGGAUUUAUUUUUUAUCUUUUUAUGAAGAAACGAAAAAGCAACAUUCUUCCACAGUCCGUCCCACCUUGACACCCACCUACACGUGUAACUCCGAAAGAAAAGCAACAAAGUUUGUCACAGAGAGAGAAAAUGGUUUCCGUCCACGUCGUUCACCACCCUCGUCUUUCCUCACUUCCUUGCGCUGCGUUAUUACAAUC